AGUCUUUAUCAAGUAUUUCUUAGCCCUUCCAUGGACAUUUCUCAACUACUUUUUUCAACCUGUUUUUCUUAACCCUACAAAAGAGGGUGAAACUUCACCUGGAUGUGUAUGUGCAUGAAUAAAGUACAAUAACACAACAUUGAAAGGAUUCAUCAUCUCAGACUGGACUUCUUUCAGUUGUCUGUCCUAUUCCUAUCACCGUUUGCAAAGCAGUAGUGAUAAUUGUGACAACAAAAUGCAGUCUGAUGCUUUGGUUUCUGAACAUCAAAGACAAAAAAGAAUGGAGGAAGCUGAAUUGCUGAAAGAAAGAUUCCAGGCCAUAACAGAUAAAAGAAAACUGCAAGAAGAAAUUACACAGAAACGUCUAAAAGUAGAAGAGGAAAAAAUGAAACAUCAACAUUUAAAGAAAAAAGCUCUACGAGAAAAAUGGCUCUUAGAUGGUCUCAGUUCUCUCACUCCAAAAGAGCAAGAAGAAAUGCAAAAGCAGAAUAGGGAAGACCAACAACGGACUCAUGAUCUCGAACAAAAUAUUUUCAGACUGGAGAAGGAAAUUGAGGCUCUGGAAAAAGAGGAAAUGGAAGUCUCAGCUAAGGAAGAAGCAAUUUUAAAGAAACUUAAGUCUGUUGAGAAAACAACAGAAGACAUAAUAAAGUCUGUGAAGACUGAAAAAGCAGGAGUUGAAAAAGAGGCAGCAGACUACAUCUAUACCAGCAUACCUGACCUUCCCAAGCAUUUCAGGCCUUCUGCUCUGAAAAGUGCACCACACUCCGCCAAUGAUGAUGAAGAAAAGAGAAAAGCAUUAUUUGCCAUGGAAAUUAAAGUUGAAAAAGACAUGAAGACAGGAGAAAACACGGUGUUAUCAACAAUACCUCUUCCCUCAAAGGAAUUUAAAGAGACAGGAAUUAAAGUCUAUGACGAUGGCAGGAAGUCAGUCUAUGCAGUGUCCUCAAAUGGCAGCACAACACAAAAUGGAAUGGAUGAACUUGCUCCUGUUGAGGUGGAGGACCUGCUACGGCAGGCAACUGAAAAAAAUUCCCAGUCUCCCACAGAGUAUCAUGAGCCUGUGUUUGCAAACAAAUUUUGUAGACCAGUUACUCCUCAGAAAGACAAAUUAGUUCCUGGACCAAUACUGGAAGACACUCAAAGAAGAGAGAUGAAUGGAUUUAGCAAUCAUCAGACAGAGUUCUCCUCCAAAACAGAGCCCUCAACGCAGCAACAUAAAGAGAACAGGCUCGAUCUUCCAAAGGUAAUACAGCCAAAGUCUCCUUCUCCAGUACUUUCCCAUUCAGAUAAGAAAGUACACACUAAUCCUGAGAACAGGAUGAUACAUAACAAUGAAAGAAAAGCUGCACAUGAGGAAUUAAAACCAUACCAGAACACAAAAGAAAGAUGUAAUGAGACAAGGUUUUUAAAUCCCUCCCAUCUUAAUGAAACAUCCACUGCAUCUCAAAAUGAGGAAGAUGUUCAGUACAACAUCGUCCAAGCUGUACCAUGUUAUGUGGAUGACUCCGAACCAGUAACGAUGAUUUUCAUGGGUUAUCAGCGGGUUGAUGAUGAUGAUGCAGAAGCAGACCAGAAGUUGUCACAAUAUGAUGGGGUUAUCCGUGCAGAAUUAGUUAUCAUUGAUGAUGAUGAUGAAGAUGACAGCAAAUCUGAGAAACCAGCAUAUCAUCCCAUAGGCCACUAUAGUCAGGUUUACCAGCCACCAAGCAAGAAAAUGACAGAAGUCCCACAAACGAACCCUGUGAGCAGUCUGGGCACAAGCCUGAACAAGGUACCCCACAAAAAUUCUAUCUCCCUGCAAGAACAAGAGCAAUGUUUAAGCUCACCAACACCCCGUGCUCAUCUUUAUAGCCAGGUAUCUGGAGACGGUACCGAAGAUCCUUCACUAACAGCUCUGAGGAUGAGAAUGGCAAAGCUGGGGAAAAAGGUGAUUUAACAAGUGUAAUGACAUGGAAAUAAGAUUUACUACUCAAAGCAGAGUAAAGCUAAAGAAGAGUUUCUUCAACACACCUUUUUUGGAUCAUAAUGCUUGUUUUGCUCCUGUCUUAUGCAUCUGGGUUAUUUUGCCCUCUGCAUAAUCCAAUGGAUUUUAACAGACUUACAGGUUUGACCAACUGCCACAUACACUCAAAUCACAUCCUGGAUUUUGCUGAAGUAGUGGAAAAUUACCUAAGACCUUAAGUGCAGUGUACAUAUCCAAGUAUGAAGACAUGUGCAUACCUGUUCCAACAAUCAGGAAUACAUUGUUGCUAUGUACACAGAGCAGAUAAACACCCAUCUCCAUGGAACUUCACAGGACAUUGUUCCACUUCAAAGUGUGCCAAUCUACUCGAUUUUGAUUGAAAAUGGUGUCCCAGCAUUUUUCUGGUAAAAGCAUUAGUUAAUAAAAAACUAAACAUGAGAGACAGGAGCAGGGGGGGAAUAUACAUUUAAGCUUUUUUCCAAGCUUGCCACCUUGGCCAAAAUUUAAAGCAUUCCUUUUUAAGUGACAGGAAAACAAUCUAAAUAUGGCAAAGUCAGCAUUUAAACGUUUAGCCACCUUCAAGAGCUCCACAGUCCACCACCUUUCUAUAUUAUGUAUGACAGUAUAGCCAUCCCAAGAACCUUCUCCCUUCCCCAUACAUUCUGCUCACCCAUAAUCUCAUAGAUAAUCCUGUGCGUAACACGACAAACAGCCAGAUCUCCAUAACAUAGUUUCACUUUCUAGCUAGCUACAGAACGCUCUGCUUUUCCAGGGAACUGGUUGCCAGACAGGCAGUGCCUGCACCUAAACAGAAAAAAUCAUUUUUAAAAUCCUGCUUAUUAUCCAGGUUUCAGUUGGUUGGGGAAGCUAAAAUUAGUGCAAGCCUCCCAUGAGAAACACUGAGCUGCCAAUGACUUGUCCUGCAGCUGCAGCAGAAGGUCUUUUAUAAGUGCAGCCACUGCUGGCCACAGCUCUCCAGCAAGGUCUGGGGCUCCCACCAAGGAACAGGUUAAUUCUUUCCACAUAAGGGAAGAGCUCAGGGCCCUAAAAACAGCCAUUAAGUACAAUUACACCUAGAAAAAUACAUGCAAGUCAGAUUUUUCCAGUACAUUAUUUCUUGGGGGAGGAAAAGUGCCUCGUAGCACUACAAUCUCAUUCAAAUCAGUAUGAUAGCUUUAUGUUCCUAGGUCUUAGCCUGCUUUGAAUCACCAAACAGAUAAAGCUCAGGUUGUAUUAUUCUAGUAUAGUCGACUCACAUUAUGCACCAGCAAAAAAAAACAACCAUAACUUUUUUGCUGAUCUUCCUUGUUUCAAAGCAGGAAACUGAAGCUACUACCUCAUACUGAGGCACAAUGGUAGUAAUCAGCUGACUUGUAGCCUCUAGAUACUUGGUGGCUCCCAGUCUGAAGUGGGUAAUAAUCUCAAAUUCUAGGACUUGUCAGAGAUGGUUACCUAUACAAUGCAAUAGUAGAUAACAAAUAAAUUUAACUAUAUUACACUUUU